AUGGCUGUGCCUGUGCCCCCUGCUCCACCUGGGGGACCGUAUCCAGCCUCCUAUCCAGGUGCUGGUAGCUUCAGCAAUGUGCUCCCUGCCACCAUCGGCGCCACCUGGCCCACUGCUGGCGGACUGCAGGUGCACCUGGAGGACUGUCUCCCGGCGCCUUCUGCGCGUGUGACACCGCUGGAGUCUCCACGGGGUGUUGGAUCGCCACCGAGAUCUGCCAGAAGAGGGAGAAGUCAGGAGGUUGCGUAUGUUCAGCGUGUGGGCGAUCCAAGUCACUUCAAAGCCCUGGGACCUGAAGCGACCAAAAGAUUGGGACGCGGGGGUCAAAGGACCGAGGCGCCGGAGCGGCGCCGUUCCGCCGCGGUCCAGGCCGUCCCGGCGGCGUUGAGUCUGGCGGAGGUGGCUGCCGCGUCGCAGGCGGAGGUGUUGGCGGCCAAAGAUGUGGAAGGAGAUCAAGAGAUCUUCGAGCUGAGCGUGGCGACGGAACGCAGCCGCUUGCUCUACCGGAUGCUGGCCGCACUUCUCCAAGGGGUAUUGCUGGGCUUGUUGCUGGCUUCUCUAGUGAUGGAGAUGGAACUGACAGAUUUGUUGAACACUUCCGCCGAUCGGCCACUGGCGCCCCUCCGUGGCUUGAUCUUGGCAAUCGUGGAGUGUUGUUUGGCCCUGAACAUCCUACGUGCCUCUGAAGGCUACGAACAGGGCCUUGGCAGCCGGCUCUCAGAGGAGGAGGAGAGCUUUGGACGACGCAGGGCCUGGGCCGCCGUGGCGAAUGCGGCCGUGCUUGGGGUGAUGAACAUCGCUGUCCUGCUGUGCUGUUUGCUGGGCGAAAUGCUGGAUGGCGUUCAGUCCACUCUGCUUCAAGUUUCCACUGGCUUCAGCAUCAUCGCCAUUUGGCCCGCCCUGUUGGAUUUGCUGCAAGUGGCCUCUCAGCUUUUGCCCAGCCACGUUUUGCUGGCGCUGCUCAAACCGUCCAAGGGUGGAGAGCUACUUGGACCUAUUUGCAUGUUUCGAGAAGUUGACAGAACCAACCAGUAUGAAGCCAACGAGGCGCGUGCCGAUGUCAGCAUCGAGCAGGUUGGGGUCCGUAGGGCCCUGGGGCCCCUCGGCAAACCGGUCGCGGCUUUUGAGCCUCUCGGAAUCCUGAAGCCGAUACCAAUUCAACCAUGGCAAGCUCUGGCCAAUGCAGCCAGUUUCGUUUGCAUCUAUGGCCUGAUAGCCUUACUUCCCUGGGCCCUACCAUUGCCAGUGCCCAUCUGUAAUAUGACCCAAUUUAAGCAGCUGCGCGGAGUUGUCGUCACCACAGCACGACCACAUGGCAUAUCUGGUUGGUUUCGACCAAAGAUUGUGUUUUGGGGAACUGGCUGCUCUGGUGGUGUGGAGGGUGCUGCUUGGGAGGUGAGAGUCGUAAAUUCCAUGCAGCUGCUGCUUUGCGACACGGAGUCAAUAUCUCCAGGAUCCCUCGAGGCUUCGCAAGGUUUUUGCCGCUUGGUUCGUCCUGGCUGCAUGAUAUGGGCCUCAGUGCUUGGGGUUCCGGUUUUCUUGGCUGCACUCUUGCAGGUACUUUUGCUCUGUUUCAGCUUCCAUUUCAAUGCUCAGUUGGUGCUGGCUGCACCAGCAAUCACAUUGGCUUUGUGCACUUAUGCUCACCAGGUGACGCAAGCAAGGAAUCCUUUGCAUCAAAGCAUCCAACUGUACAGGGAGCGCAUGAAAACCCAUACAGCCAUUGAUCAUUCAGGCACUGAAGUUGGAGCUUCACGAUCCGUACAUUUCUGCAACUUGCAGGAAUUUUAUUCGACGUUUGAGAUGUUCAUUCUGCAGAGAGACGUGUAUUACGUAGUGAGAAACAUCAUUAUGCCCUUGACACGGCCAUCAAGAUUAUCCUUUGCUGAAAUGACUGGCCCAUGCUCUGCGCAUUUUUUUUUUGUGUCACACACGUGGCAUUGGGAGUUCCACAAUGUCAUGACUUGUCUUUACCAGCAUGGUGAAGGAAAUAGCAGGUACUGGAUGGAUGUAUUUUCAUUCAAUCACCAUCGAAAUGGGGAAGAACAGGCACAGGUCAGCUCCUUUGAAGCUUCUUUCCACAAAGCUUUGUCUAGUCCCCUUUGCCAGGGCCUGGUGGUUCCGUUCCCUCAUGCUGCGGGCUUGGGAGAAUAUCUAUCCCGCAGCUGGUGUCUCUUAGAGCUGUUCAUGGCCUUUCGGCAAAGUAACGAUGUCGAGAAUGUUGAUGCCGGCAUUGAGCGUGUGUCAUUUUGCGCUCCUUCAGGUGCACUGAACCGCGGGCGCUGUAGCCCAGACUUGUGCAUGGAAUGCCUAGCGCUCCUUAGUACCUUGGAUUUCAGGGACGCAACUGCGAAUUUACAGGAAGACAUGAUGAUGAUCGCAGAAUUUAUACAGGACAUUGGAUGGGAGGAAAUCCAUAGGAUCCUGCGUAGAAGCUUUAAGAAAAUCAUUGAAUCUGUAGAGGGUCUUGCAACGCUUCAUGCAGAGAGGGUGAAAAGUCAGUUGCUUUUGAGAAACUUCUCGCAGCUACUUCAACGUAGAGGAAGCAAUACAUCGGAGACGUGCCAUCCCGGGCCGGAGCGAUCCAUCAGUGCAGGGCAGCUUGAUGAGCUUCAGAGUUUCUUCGCAACUGUCUUGGAUAACCGGGAUAUGUAUUGGGUUUGUGAUGAGAUUGUGAAGCCUUUGACACGCGAAAAGCAAGUCUCCUACGCAGAGUUGGUAGGAUGUGGCAUGGUGAGAUGGUUCAUCUCUCACUGGUGGGGGAUGCACUUCAACCUCACUGUGAGGAGUAUCCUCAAUCACGCGAAGGAGCAAACUGGUGAGGACGUGCGCUAUUGGGUUUGCACCUUCAGCAACAACCAGUGGAAGAUGUCUGAGGAAAUUCCGCCCCUUGCACCGCCUUCAGAGUCUUCCUUUUACAAAGCACUUCGGAGUCCUUCAUGCCUCGGAAGCUGCAUGAUUCUUGAUGAGCGUGUGGUGCCACUGUCCCGUGCUUGGUGCUUGUUUGAGCUCCUUCAAACUUUCCUCAUCCAAGAUGAAGUCCCUUCCCGAGAAUCUUUGAACAUCUUGACGUCUUCUGGUGUGAUGAACAGCGGGAAGUGCAGUAUCGAUACUGCUAUGGCCAUAGGAAAGCAAUUGACCAUCUUAAAUCUACAGGAUGCAGGCGCAUCCAAAGAUGCAGACAAGCAUCUCAUCUUCACCGCGGUGGAAAGGGCCGGUGGUUUUGCGGCCAUCAAUGCCAAAUUGAAACUUCGGAUCCGCAAAGUGAUUGGGGUAGUGGCCAACCAGUUUGACCAAGAUUUACGGCAACUUCAUGUAGAACUUGGAAAGCACAAAGUCGCCGCUUUCUGUUGACGUUUAUCACACACACGCACACGGUGCACAAGACACCGGUUCACACGUGCAAAAGAACUCCAGGAGAGUGUUGCAUAUUUUGAGUCUGCAUAGGUGCUGCAAUUCUCCUGUAGAUUCAAGAUGCGUUUGC